AUGACCGAAGUGCCAAGAGGGGUGAAAAAUCCAAAAGUAAUCACAAAGUUUGCAGGGGAAGUUGAAGAGUCGACCACUGAACAUGUCGCUCGAUAUUUGGUUGAGAUUGAAAAUUUAGCCAAUGAUGAGAAUUUAAAAAUGAAGUUUUUUCCUUCUUCGCUAACGAAGAAUGCGUUUACUUGGUUUUCCAAUCUCAGACCAAAUUCGAUAAUGACAUGGAAUCAAAGUAGAUGCUAUGUUUCAUUACCUGAGAAUGAAAUUGUGAAAAUAGCAAUUAUGGGACUAGGUUUCUAUAUGCGCCGAAAGUUACUUAAUGUACAUAUCCCCGAUAUGGCCCAUUUGGCCGAAAAAGUCUGUCAGACCGAGCUCAUGAAAAAAGAGAAAGAGAAAUAUAGGAGUGAGCAACGAUCAAAGAGUAAACCUUUUACUCGGAAAGAAAAAGUUGCUUAUGUGACUAUGGAGUCCUCAGAAGAGGAACUUGAUUUCGAAACAGAGGUCAAUUUGGCCGAACUUAAGAAGGGCCUUCCAUAUUUAAUUUUGCCUGAGGGUAGAACUUUACUUUCGGUGAAAGAUUUCAAAGAAAAACCAUAUUGUAAAUUUCACCAAGCAACAAGUCAUUUGACUAACAGUUGUGUUCGUUUCAGGGACCUAAUUCAGGAAGCAAUAAUGGAGGGAGGGUUAAAAUUCGACGAUGGAAAGGAGGAAAUGAAGGUUGAUGUCGAUCCCUUCGAUGUUGAUGCCAGCUUUGUUGAGCCAUGUUUCGGAGUAAACAUGGUUGGCAUGUCCUAUGACUUUGACGUGGCUCUUGAUGAUUUUGAGUCACAAGUUAGAACGGUGUAUCCCCGAGCGGGAGAUAGUUUGUUGGACUUUUUAGUUCAGCAAAAAAUUAAAGACCGGGAUGUAUCUCUGUGUCCACGGUGUAAUACUGUUUUUUGA